AUGCUAUUCGGAGUCGCAGAUGUUAAACUCGCGGUCGAUACAAUCAAAAUCGAACCAACAACGACAACAAUAACAAUAACAACAAUACUCUCUCUCCCCUCCUCAUCCUGCCUCUUCGUCCUCUUCGGCUGCAUAUUCUUCUGCUCAUUUUUCUCCUUCGUCAUCUUCUCCUCCAUCUCCCUCCCGUCGCCCGCCUCGUUGUCACCAGACUGGCAGGGUGAGCGCGCUCACUCUGGCAGCCUGGAAUGUUCGUUCCCUUUUAGACAAUCCGAGGAGCAACCGACCGGAGCGGAGGACGGCGCUAGUGGCACGAGAACUGGCGCGCUACAAGGUGGACAUCGCCGCACUCAGCAAGACCCGUUUCUCCGAACAAGGCCAACUGGAGGAGGUGGGUGCCGGCUACACCUUCUUCUGGAGCGGUCGACCCAGGGCAAAGCGACGGGACGCGGGUGUCGCCUUCGCCAUUCGGAACGACAUCGUGGGACGACUGCCCUGUUUGCCGCAGGGCAUCAACGAUCGCCUGAUGAGCCUCCGCCUGCCUCUCCGGCGAGGAGGCAAAUUCGCCACCAUCAUCAGCGCCUACGCUCCGACGAUGACCAACCCCGACGCCGUCAGUGACAAAUUCUACGAGGACCUGCACGCCCUCUUGGCGACUGUGUCGAAGGCGGACAAGUUGAUUGUCCUUGGUGACUUCAACGCCCGCGUCGGCACAGACCACACUGCCUGGAGAGGAGUGCUGGGUCCCCACGGUCUCCGCGGCUCAAACGACAAUGGCCUGCUGCUUCUCCGCACCUGCGCAGAACACCGCCUCAUCCUGACGAACACGUUCUUUUGUCUGCCGGAGCGAGAGAAGGCCACCUGGAGGCAUUCUCGGUCGCGCCAGUGGCACCUGCGGGACUAUGUCCUCGUCCGGAGGCGAGAUCAGCGGACGUGCUGGUGACGAAGGCGAUCGCGGGUGCUGACGGGUGGACCGACCAUCGCCUCGUCAUCUCGAAGAUGCGUAUGCGCUUACAGCCUCGCAGGAGACCACAAGGUAAGCGACCCCCAGGUAAGCUGAAUGUUGCCUUGUUGCCUUUGCCCGCUCACCAUUUUCAUUUCAGCAAUGAGCUAGCUCAACGGCUAGACAACCUUCCAAUCGCUGCCGCCGACGACGUCGCCGCCACUGCAGAGAAAGCCUCCAUGGAGAAACGCUGGUGCCAACUGCGAGACACGGUCCAGUCGACGGCGCUCGCCGUCCUCGGUCGCGCUACCCGCCAAUACCAGGACUGGUUCGACGACAACGACGCCGCCAUCAGAAAUCUGCUCGCCGAGGAAAACCGCCUCCACAAAGCCUACGUAGACCAUCCCGCUGAUGCCAACAGAUCUGCUUUCUACCGCAGUCGCCGCCACCUUCAGCAACGACUGCGCGAGAUGCAGGACGUCUGGACGGCUUGCAAAGCUGAGGAUAUCCAAGGGUACGCGGACUACAACAAAUGGAAGAAUUUCUUCUCCGCGAUCAAAACUGUCUACGAUCCGCCAACGAAAGUCACUGAUACUCUCCCCAGCGCCGAUGGCAGUACCCUCCUGACACAAAUUCUACUGCAAUGGGCUGAGCAUUCCCGAGGCGUCUUUAACCGCUCCUCCGCCAUCUCCGACGCCGCCAUAACCCGCUUGCCGCAAGUGGAGACAAACGUGGACCUCGAACUCCCGCCCUCUCUCCACGAAACCAUCAGGGUCGUGCAGCAACUCUCCAUUGGGAAAGAACCCGGAACGCCCGCGACCCCUGCUGAGGUCUACAAGCACGGUGGCCCCCAACUCAUGAAUCACCUGAAUGCGAUUUUCCAGGCGAUGUGGCAUCAAGGUGAAGUCCCGCAAAAUUUCAAAGACGCAACAAUCGUGCAUCUAUACAAGCGAAAAGGGAACCGCCAACUUUGCGACAAUCACCGCGGCAUCUCCUUGCUGAACAUCGCCGGGAAGACCUUGACUCGCUUCCUCCUCAACCGUCUGAACAAUUAUCUAGAAAAGGGCAUCCUACCGGAAAGUCAGUGUGGUUUCCGUCGUCAUCGCGGGAUCACAGGUAUGAGCUUCGCCGCUCUUUAGCUAAAGGAGAAGUGUCAGGAGAUGCGGACCCACCUGAACGCAACCUUCGGUGACCUGACGAAAGCCUUUGACACGCUAAAUCGUGAAGGACGGUGGAAGAUCAUGCAGAAAUUCGGCUGUCCCGAGCGAUUCAUUCAGAUUGUACGGUAGCUGCGAAACGGCAUGAUGGCGCGAGUCACGGAAAGCGGAGCUGUCUUUGACAUGCUGACGGACGCCUACCGCAAUGAACGCCCCGGGAUCCGCAUCGCCUACAGGACGGUCACUUUCUCAAUCAACGGCGGAUGCACUUCCAAUCGCGCGUAUCCACGACCACCGUUCACGAGCUUCUCUUCGUCGAAGAUUGCGCCCUGAACACCACCUCUGAAGAGUAGAUGCAACGGAGCAUGGACCCAUUCUACGCCGCCUGCGAGAACAUCGGUUUGAUCAUCAACACGCAGAAGACGGUGGUCAUGCAUUUACCGCCACCCAACAGAGCUACUUCUCCCAACGCGCCGUAAAUCAGCGUGAACGUAACUUAGCUGCAAGUGGUGGAGAACUUCCCGUACCUGUGCUGUACCCUCUCCCGCAGCACGAAAAUCGACGAAGAAGUCGCCCACCAGAUUUCGAAGGCCAGUCAAGCCCUCGCUCGCCUUCAAAUCACAGUUUGGAAUCGUCUUGGUGUCCAACUUAGCAUGAAUCUGAAGAUGUACAAGGCCGUCAUCCUCUCGACGCUGUUGUUCGGAUCUAAGACUUAGACGGUUUACACGAAGUAGGCACGCCAACGCAAUCGCUUCCACCCAGCUGUCUUCGCUGCAUACUGAAGCUAAGGUUGCAAGACCGAAUCCCCGACGCUGAUUUACUGGAACGGACGGGGAUCCUCAACAUCUACACCGUGUUGAGACAACCGCAGCUACGAUGAAGCGGCCAUCUCAUGCGGAUGGACGACGAUCAACUACCCAAGCCGGAGAAGUCGCCACGAGUUCCCGCAGCCAAUGAGGUCAAAUUCAUCGACACAAGGAUACUCUGAAGUCCUCCCUAAAUCGUCUGCAAAUCAAUUUGACCAACUGGGAAGAUAUCGCCUGGGACCGACCGACCUGGAGUAGGACAGUGAAGACAGGCUCCGCGAUCUACGAAGCCGACCUCAUCGCGCCGCAAAUUCAAACUUAAAGCACACUAGUUUCGGCUGCGUCCACCCCGCAAUGCCAACGCACAGCCGCCUCCAACGUGUCCACGGUGUCAACUGACAUUCCGGGCACGAAUUGGACUUGUUGGACACCUUCAGAUCAACUGCGCCACUAACCGUCGUUCCUCUGUCCAACUCCUCGACAAUGCCAACUAACUCUGACCGCUCUCCUGAACGAGCAUUUCCGCCCUCCUGUUGCUGCUGAUGCUGCUGCUCCUCCUCCUGCCCAUCGUCCUCCUCCUCCUUCGCUGCUCUAACGCCUGCCGUUGUGACGCCUGCCACGCACCUCAACAGUGCAUACAAUCCUGUCAUAUCCUCAAACAUCAAUACCACCCCCGUCGACACCAGAGUUGAGCGCCAGGAUUACACCAGUCCUUAUUGUAACCGCACAUUCGCCCCACGCAUCGGCAUAGUCGGUCACUCGCGAAUCCAUCGCAAGGAGACUGGCGAACCAGUGCCUGAAGCACCUACCUACACCAGCUGCAUCCGCCUCUACUGCCCACACUGUCCUCGCACAUUCAUGCACCGCAUGAGCCUAUUCGGCCACAUGCGCAUUCACGAAAACCUGCGGUUGACAACCGUCGGCUGCACCACACCAUCACACCCUCUCUCACCACCAUCUCCCCACACAUCAAAAUCACCCACCGCAAGCAUCCAACUGCCACCUCCGACGCAAGUGGGAAGUGUGCCUUUCUACUCGGUUUCCGUGCGGCUCCUGAUGCGCGGGUGACUCGCGUCUCAGUCUAUCCCGACGCGCCAAGCGCCGUGGAUAGGAAGUCUGCUGAUUGACGCCCGCACUCGGCUUACGCAGUCCGUCCAGUUGUGCGUGUUUAUGUGGAGUGGCGGACUGGUAGGCUGGGUGACAAGUUGAAACAGCACCUUCCACGGCCCUCUCACGCAUAUGAGAUGUACGUCGCUCAACCCUCGUUGAGUGAAAUUCUCGUGUGUGUGUGUGUCUGGAGGGCCAGGUCGUGCAUGUGGCGCGUGCAGACAUGGACACCAGACCAUGCCAGCCACCGAGCCCAUUCCCCGCCCCAGUCUGCUGACCGGCCCGGACAGUGGCUGAGGCAUGGGAAUAGGAAGGAAGAGUGAGGUCGACGACUCAGUACAAAUUCCACACUAUAAACAAUCUGACGAGCUUGGAGCUAUCACGAUGCGCUAAAAGCCGUGGCUUUAAAGGUUGUCAACUGACGGAAUAACAUGGACCUCGCAGUCAGUCCAAUGUUGUGUGUGUAUGUGUAUGUGGAGUGGUCGGCUGGCGGUCUGGGAGUCAGCAUUCAAUGGCUCCUUCUUUACAUGCGCUCUAUGGCGCUCCCACUAUGUGGAUUUCGAGCCGAGCGCUGGCGGCACGCCUAGGUGCUGCUUCGGCCGUGCCAGCCUCCACUCACUUCGUGAUGGUCAAAAACCUGGCCAACUCCCGUGGGGACCAGCGGGUGCGGAGUGGAGCGUCAAGGUGCGAAUACGUCCGAGCCAUCCACCUGCGACCUUCGCCGUCUCCGGUCUUCUUGACUAUGUCUUCACACCGGGCUCAGGUGGGGUAGGAGGAUAGAGUGUUGUAAGCACAGCGCAGGUCUACUGAGACUACAGUAGGUGAGCUUACUCACGAAAUGUCAAUCGAAAUUCCGAAAUGCGUUUUCAUUUCGAAAAUAUUAAUUAAGUAGUGUUGUAAAACUAGUCAGUCUGCAACAUAUUUCUAUAAUAUUUUAGUUACCUCAGGGUUCCGGCUUUCGAAAGAAAGUCCUUCCGGCUGCAUUCAAAAGCAACACUCUGUAAAAAUGUCUACUUUUAUAGCAUGAAUUUUUCUGAUUCAUUUUCGGCGCCCCUAAAUGUCCAAUUUUAUCUCAUGGAAAGCAUUUUAAAAAAUAUUCGUUCUUUUGCUCAUUCUGUAGAUACUUACGUUUUCUUCUGAUUUUAUGCUCUAAAAAGGGACAUAAUUCGAUUUUUAAAAUGUUUGUAAUUGUGGGACUUCUACAUACCGUGAAAUGGCCGUUCAUAAAUUGCCACUUCUCUGCAGUUAACCAAAGUGGCUUAUAAAGCUAACAAUAUGGCUUAAAGUUACUGCUAAAUUUUAUGAACGCUAUAUGGACUCCCUUUAUUACCGUAGACCAUUGUAUGGUUUUUCGUACGCGGAAAAUACCUGGCUUGUUAUUCGGAAACCCUGAAUCCAAGUGUGACGGUACAGCGAGUUCAAAAUUAUUCGGGGAUUGAACAAGUUUUUUAAAACUAAAUUAUACCCUUCUUUUAAGUAUACGAUUGGAAGGAGACGUAAUUGUCUACAGAAUGAACAAAAGAAUGAAUAUUUUGCGCAUAUUUUCCCCGAAAUAUAAUCGGACUUUUAGGGGCAUCGAAAAUCAAUGAGAAAAAUUCAUGCUACAUACGUAGUCAUUUUUUCCAGAAUAUAAUUUUUGGCUGCGGCCUGAAAGAAAUUCAGUCGAAAGCCGGCAUCAACGGAUAACUUGAAUAUUAUAGAAUUAUUUUGAAGGCUGACUAGUUUUACAACCCUUCUUAAUUAAUCUUUACGGAACGAGAACGCACUUAAGCAUUUUGGUUGACAUUUCAUGGGUUAGCCCACUUACCGUAUAAACCCCGCGCAAGUCACCGUCCCUUCCCCACCCUGCUGUGGAGCACACGGUGGACAUCGUCGAAACCGGCUGUCGAAGUCUCAGUGAGUGUAUGCUUCCACAGCCGGUAGUUCCAGGACUUAUCUACAAGCAUAACCUACUAUAGAGAGAAACAGAGAGAGAGAUGUAAAGAACAAAAGGCGAUUCUCUAGGGGUCCCAGACCAUCUUAUUCCUUUUUUGCACUUAACAAAACUCGUGGCCUUUAAUAGAAUUCUACAGUCGUCUUGGAUGACAAACAGCCCUGGUUAGAGUUAGCGUUGCUUCGCCCCCAGCAAGGAAGGGACCUAGGAAAGGGUGCUACAAAUAAUUACUGUUAAAGCACGCCACCGUCAACAUCAGGAAGGGAAGCUGUGAGCGCCUGAGCUUAAGUUGAAAAAAGACAACAAACAACAACCACUGUCUCUAUUUCCGUAUUCCUUCACAGGCUACCAGAGUGGCAAUGUUCAGUGUGGAGAUCUGGAAGGCUUGCUCAUUUCUAUAAGACGUACUGAUAGCUGAAUAGCGAAAUGAAUUCCCGCGCCCACCCGUAAUACGAUUCGACAGCUCUUUUUUACACUGGCCUCACGUUUACUGGGAUCAGUCUGCGUUCUUUGAGGUUUCAGACUCUGAACAUGCUUCUCUCAUGGGACAGCCUUCCUAGCAUUCGCAUAACUAUUGUGCGCGACCUCUUUCAGAUCGACUGCAAGUUUUUACACUCUGCCUAUGGCAGUUCAACCGUGGUGGUCCGCCGUGUGCUCCAAAACAAGGUAAGAGCAUGCACGGUGACUUGUAUGUGAACUACUUUAUAGCGAAAGUGGACUUCGAUAACAUCUAAUGCACUAUCUCCUCCCCAGCCGACCCUGGUGUCAAGACAUAGUCAAGACCACAGGUAGAGGAAAACGCAAGUGGCUGGCACAGCCGGGCCCUCACCUUGGCGCAACACCACACCCCGUCGUCCGCAGCAAACACUUGGGCAGUAUUUUAGCCAAACAAAAACGGAUAGCACAAGUUGCUGGACAAUCGUACACAAGGCGUGUAUACUCAACGGAAACGCAUCUACGGCAGGAAGCCAGAUGUCAGGGAACUGCCAGUGUACACCAGGCUACGAAGGCCAUGGUUUCCUGAAUCAUGAUAUGGCAGAUACGCACAAUCCUUGAAAUCCAGGAGGGUAAGAUGCACACGUUCUCACACUUGUCAUUUUAAGUCCUGUCUUCUAAAGGCCGUUCGGUGAGUUUGCUCGUAAAUAUUUCACUUAGCACUCAGCUAACAUAUACCUACCUGGAAAAAGAUGAUGCGACAAACUGCCUUGAAAAAAGUGUGUUUACUCAGCCACAAGAGUGACUGCGACAUAUGGUCGCUGAGACCCUCUUUUCAAGUGGGGACAUUAACAUCUAAUGGGUGAUUUAAUUAAGGUGUCCAGCAAUCUUGUGCAGUGACAUUACUCGAAGUUGUUGUUGUCGGUGUUGUUUUUGUUGAUGAUGAUGAAGAAGAAGAAGAAGAAGAAGAAGAAGAAGAAGAAGAAGAAGAUGAUGAUGAUGAUGAUGAUGAUGAUGAUGAUGAUGAUGAUGAUGAUGAUGAUGAUGAUGAUGAUGAUGACAAUUUUCGUCGUAGUCAUGGUCGUGGUCAAGUAGGGAGAAACAGUCAUGUUCUCAGUCUGCUGGCUAGUAAGUUUAACGUCUCACUGUAA